AGGCAGUUCUUGUUUCAGCAGAGUAAAGCAGCAAGCUAAUCACCAUGCAGUCCUCCACUUUCCUGAUGAGCAUCCUGGUGGUUGCCCUGCUCAUGCUGUUCAGCGCUCCAGCCACCGAGGCCACCUUCCUCCUCAUCGCCUGCAUGUUGCGGUCACCACUGUGCCCAUGGAUCACCACAACCACCACUGGCACUACCACGUGAGGCAAUCACAUUACCGACUUGACAAGCCACUUGACUAGACCCUCUGGAUAUGUAUCACAAAUAAAAUGUUCUUUUUUUUGUUGCAUUAA